AUGCGCUUCUCGCUCAUCACUGUUGCUGCCGCCGCUUGUAUGCUCGCCGCUUUUGUUCAAGCAGCUCCUGUAGGUCCUCAAGAUGCUGCUGGUACUACUACUACAACUACUCAACAAGAAGGCCAACAAAAGCCUGCUACUGGCGUAGAUGCCAUUGAUGCUGUAUCGAAUGGUGGGCAGGGAAGUGCACUCAAGGCCGCAACGGAACUCGGCGAUAUCAAUUCACUUCGAAAAAUACGUGGAAAAUCGGACCAAGAUCGAAACGGUCUUACACCUGCGCAACAAUUUUGCGCAUAUCAAUCAGUUAGCGGCAGUGCUGGUUUGCAUAGAUUGCAACAUAAAGUGCAAAACGGAAUUCUCGGUGGUAGUCUGGAGUGUACAUUAGUGAAAGCUGCGGGAGUCUAA